AUGCAGCAAAUCGCAAACAGAAGCCGGCGAACUGGGCCUUUCAGGCGACGCCGCGUCCCUGGCAGCAGAGCACAUCAGGCUUGCAUCCACUGCAAAGAUAAGAAACUCAAGUGCGAUGAUAGAACCCCUUCUUGUAGUAAUUGCGAGCGUAUGGGCAUAACUUGCCUGGUCUUGGAUCCACAGACCAAAAAGUCACGACCUCGAAAUUAUCUUGAGAUGCUUGAGGGACGCGUUGCCGGCCUCCAGGAUAAUGAUCACAUUACUCCUCCUCAAUCCACUCCAGCUGUAGGAAGCAACGGUGAGAGCACGUCGUCGAUCCCUUGUACACCCGAGGGUCGAGAUGGGACCAGCGACUUGCCGUCCAGAGUGGGCAUGCUGGACUUCCGCACCAGCCAGACAGAGCCGCAGUACCUAGGAUCAUCAUCAUCUUUCGCCUUCUCUCGAAUCAUUAGCCUUUCCCUCAGCAGUAACCUCCCAACUGCGCCCGGGCUUACCCAAUUAAGCGAUAGGCGCAGCUCGCCGUCUCCAUGCUUGCUACCAGACUAUGAAGUUGCCGUUAAGCUAAACGAUGCUUACUUCAAACACAUACAUCCCCAGUAUCCAUUCUUACAUGAACCGACAUUUAGAACUUGGGAGGCAAUGCUGUAUGAUGCGUCGCCAGACUUUACUGAGACUGGGCUCCCUUUCACGCCGUUAUUCUUUCUUAACAUGGUAUAUGCCGUUGCUGCGUUACUUACACCAAGCACUCAAUCCUUAGCUGGCCAACUCUACAUCUCUGCUCAAUUAUAUGCCGAUGUAUUAUCUAAGGAUAAUAUUGAAUCUAUCCAAGCUCUACUAUGCUAUGCUAUGUACUCUCUUCGCUCCCUAGAAGGACCAUCCUUGUGGAAAGUCUCUGGCCUGGCGCUACGGCAGUGCAUUGAGUUAGGUUAUCACCGCGGGGUCAAGCAGUUUGCACCAGCCGCAAACACGCUCCAACGAGAGAUGCGAAAGAGGGUCUUCUGGGUUGCUCAAGGGAUAGACUGCACUGUUGCGGUUCGGCUAGGACGACCUUUGGGCAUUCCGCCUCAAGAAAUUGAUGCCGAGUUCCCGUCAGAUGUGGAUGAUUCUGCUAUCCCACAGACAGAUAUCUUGGGGCCAGCAAGGAGCCGUUCCAGCCACUCACCAACAGGGAUGUCUACCGCUAUCCACGUCUUUAAGCUACGUUACAUCUGGGCUCGUAUACAUACGUCACUGCUUUCAGACACCGUACGCCUAAGCAUUGAGGAUCACACAUAUCAUGCUCGAAUCCAACAGCUAAGAGUAGAUCUGGAUACGUGGUUGGCAAGUGCUCCCGAAGCACGUGGCCAUGUAAGUGACGACCUGUCUAUCUUUGCCAAAAGAGCAUGGUAUGAAACAAACUACAGCCACACAAUACUUCUACUCUACAGGAGUCAGCUUAGAGAGUAUAAAGAAUGCCUCAACAAGGUCUUUGAGGACUGCAUCGAGGCGUCGAGAAACAUUUGCCAAACCUAUCGUCGACUAUACAUAGGCACUUCUAUAAGGUACACAUGGGGCACUCUACACUGCCUAUUCUUAGCAGGAUUGACCUAUUUGCACUGCCUAUGGACAUCACCGGCAGCAUGGGAGUCGAUUCGACCGGAAGAUGUCAGCAAGACGUGUACAGACUGCACAAUGGUGUUGGUGGCGGUUGCUGAGGGCUGGCAAGCUGCAGCGCCAUACCGCGAUACGUUUGAGGCUCUGGCGAGUCGAGUUAUCGCAAAGCUGUUUAGAAAGAACUGCACCGUGCAGCCGUCUUGGCCUCCAAGUGAAGCUCAAACUAGGGACCAGAUCCCGGACACAUGGGGGCACUGGAUGAAUGACAUGGCAAAUGCUGGAGUUCUAGAGGGCGUUGAUAGGCUUUUGGAAGGCUUCAUUGGCGAUUUUACAACGCAGAUCGAUCCGUGA